AUGGCUCCUGCUACGCCACCUCGCGACCUCGAAGCGGGUCCGAGCGGUACACCGGACCAUGUGAGGAUCAUGCAAGAGAAUCGGCUAAAAGCCAAGGCGCGACUACAAAGUCUGGCAGCAGCACAGAACCCAACCACGCUGAAUGGAAAUGGAAAGCGACCACAAGGUCCUCUGUCGCUCGAGUCUGGUAGAUCAUCCUACUCGGGUCCCACGGUAGGUCCCAAUGCCAAUCUCUCAUCUUCCAUCCCUUCCAACUCUCGCAAUGCCAAUCUGGGCUCGGAAGCUACCAAGGUGUCACCCACCAAGCGAGGUCAACUGGCCCAAGCGGGUCAGCCUCGAGAUGAUUCGAAUGCACCCUUGCCAAGAGACAAGUCGCUGGGGAAUUACAUCGAGUACGAUUUGAGCAGAUUGCACAACUCCAAGGGUGGUUUCUUGGUAGAGGAAGGGGACGAGUACUCCAAGACUGCUGAAGAGCUGGCAAGGGAGAAGGAGAGGGAACGGGAGAGGAUCAAGGCUGACAUGGAGCCCGGAAUGAUGCUCGAUCCAUCUCGGCAAGAGGCUUGUCAGGAAUGCCAGUCGCUCGAGAUCGACGAUCAGCUCAGACGGGUGUUCGGUGUCAGGGUGUGCAGGAGCUGCAGCAAGAGGUUGCCAGAAAAGUACAGCUUGUUAACAAAGACUGAAGUCAAAGAGGAUUACUUGCUUACGGAUGCGGAACUGAAAGAUACGGAGCUGCUCCCGCACCUCCUCAAGAAGAAUCCGCACAAGGCAUCCUACAGUAACAUGAUGUUGUUUUUGCGCUGCCAGGUCGAAGCCUACGCAUUCAGCGCCGCCAAGUGGGGUUCUGAAGAAGGUCUGGACAACGAAUUUCAAAGAAGAGAAGACGAAAAGGCGCGCAAGAGGGGAAAGAAGUUUGCUCAGGGAUUGAAGGAACUCAGAAGGAGAACGAUGAACGAUACGUUUAGAAAGAGGCAGGAGACAGGGAAUCAUACGCACGAGUGGCAAGAUCUUGGCGAUGGUACGCAACAGUGCGAUUGCGGGGCCACGAUUGACGUCGAAGUCUUUUAA